AUUUAUAUUAAUAAGGUUAAUAGUUUAUAUUCGAUUUAGUGGUCACUCUCUUAAUUAAUAAUCUGUUGAUAUAACAAUAUACAUUGUACGUACAAAUUCAGAAUUAUCUUAUACAAGUAAUCUCAUACAGAAACGUUAAAAUAAUCAUAAACAAUGUCGAAAAUAUAAAUACCUGUUGGGAUAGUGUUUCCCACUAUCUUAUCACACCAGCCUGCAUAAUAACGAAGAAAAGCAAUACUUGCUUGUAUAUCACCUUUAGCACUUGCAUAUGUUUUGCCAUUAUCAAGAGUUUCAAGAGAAGCAAUAUAAUCUAAAUCGCGCGUGAUGAGAUCUGCCAACUAUUUUAUUAAUUUUUGUUAGAUUUAUUCAGAUUAUGUAACUAUUGUUUGGUAUAUUUUAUACGGUAUAAUUUACCUUGUGCAUGAGUUGUCCACGAAUAUAUGGAUUCAUUUGACGCCAUUUCGAAUUUCUGUCAAAAGCUCGUUUAGCAGCAGCCACUGCUUUAUCUACAUCGAGCUAAAAAAUUUAUCUUUUAAAUUAUAAUUGAUUAAUCUUUCUUAUUUAAAUUAGUAUUUGUUAACAUUUUUAGCGUCACACAUAAUUAAUGAGAUACAAUUUAAUUUCAAUAUUAUGUGCAGCAAUACAGUUUUUAUUUUUUUUAGAAUUAGAUCAGGAAUUACAAUUUUUAAUCAUAUGCAGCUGAUAUUACUUAAAAUGUUUCUAUCUAUUAUCUCUUUAAUCAAUCUUUGAUAUCAAUAACUUUUAUCUAUUAAAUAUGAUGCAUAAACAGAAGAUUGUUAUAUCAAUGUUUUUAUCUAAAAGACAUUCUAAAAAUCACUGAGAUUCCUCUUCAAUAUCUAAAUCUACAUCUGCUAAGAAACGUAAACAUGUCAAAUUAAAAAAGAAUGCAUAAUUUUUUGUGUGAGACACAGAUGUGAAAUAUAUUAAAAUGGAAAACAAAUUAGUAGAAAUAUAUUCCGUACAUAUUUUGUCGGUUUUUUUGAAGAAAAAAUUAAAAAUUUGGGAAUAAAGACAAAGAAUGAAGAUAAAUGAUACGUUAAUAUCUUUUUUAUCACACGCGACAAACAAGCAAACAAAUCAUCUCUUAUCAAAAACAAAAAUUUUUACGAGUUCUAUUUUUUGAAUAUUCAUAUUUGAAGCAUUUUUUAUUUAGAGUUUCGGAUUCCUUUUUUGACAUUCAAAUUUUGACAAGUUUAAGUUUUUUUUACCUAUGUUCUUCAUUUAAUAUUUUUUAUUCUGAGUUUUUUAGUGCCCUUCAAAUUCUAUAUUUUUUCUUGAAGUCAUGGAAAACACAAAUGAGAAAAUCUAAUAAAUUUCCAAGUGCAAAAAUUAAUAAAGCGUCUAAUUUUGUGUAAUACUUUUCCAAUUUUACAUUAAAUCGUUACUUUUUUAUAUUAAAUAAAUUUCGAAUAAAGAAAUCGAAUGUUAAUUUUAAUUGUUUAUUAAAGAUUUUAAAAUAAAAAAUAGCACGAGAAUUUUCUAAUUCGCCAUUUGUAAAAUUUCAUCUGUGUUUUCCAGGACUAAACACUGAAAUAUAUAUUAUGUGAUAUUACGCAAACAAUUUUACCUUAUCUCCUUCGGAAAUUUCUGUGAUAACUUUGCCAUCAACGGGAUUUAUUGUGGGAAAUGUACGGCCGCUCACAGCAUCCACAAAUUCAUUGUCAAUGAAAAGCUACAAUUAUAUAUAUAUAUAUAUAUAUAUAUAUAUAUAUAUAUAUUAAUUUGAAAAAUAUAAUAUCACUAUGCACUCUUUAUGAAAUUAUACGAAAUAUCAACUUACUUUGGUAUAUUUAAUUUCCACCGAAUGCUUUGCCAUUUUCUUCUCACAAUCAGCUAUUUUACGUCUAUACUCGACGACAGUUAACCAGCAAUUAUGAGAAAUGGAUAAUACUUGUUUAAGUAGUCAAGCGUUAUCAACUAAUUAUUUUAAACGUGUGAUAAGAUUUGAUACACUUUAGCUCUAAUUACACCUCGGGAAGAUAUCUCUUAUAUCAUAUUUUACGUCCUUAUUCAUAUAUAUACAAUGUGAUUAGUGAGACUGAAACUUCGAUAAAAAAAACAUUGUGUUAUUAAAUCGGUAUCCUGAUGGUAUAAAAAUCAAACAAUUUUAUUUUUCCCUUUAUAAUAGAUAUUACUUAUGUAGAAACAGCACUGUAUUCUUUUUAGAAUUCUACUAAAUAUAUAGGUUUCAUGAAGCUAUUUUGAGAUUAUCAUUCGUUAUAAUUAUAUAAUGUUAGUUGUAAACAAAGUAACACUUAUCAGAGCUUUGUUUUUUCUUAAAUUAUCUGUCUUAUCUUAUCAUAGAUAUAUAGUUGUCAAUUUUGAAAUAUUCUUAAAUAAUGUUCUUUUUUAGAGAAAGAUAUCAGCUUUUGAAUUUAAUUAUUCAUAGAAUUUAUCAAAAAAUUACACAUAUGUGAAAAUAACACAGUCAGUAAAAAAUAUUCUCAGUGUUGAUAAAGAGAUUCGACCUUUGGGGCAUCUUUGUGCAUACUUAUUGUCAGCUUUGAUAGAAUAAUAUCAAAGUAUUAAUACACUUUUAUAUAUUCAGUGUAGGCUAAAAAAUCAAUUGUGAUAGCAGUAAGAUUAUAUCUUUUAAACAUUUACCCGAAUGCAUAAUAUUAUUUUGCAUAUUAUUUAUCUCGUUACAUGAAGCGCGAUAACAUUUAUUCGCUUGUAUGAGAUGUAGAUAAGUAUAGUAUCUUGAAAAAUAUUUAUGAUGUGCAAAUAUCCCGAAGUUGGGCACUCGUAGAUAUUUUUAUUAAUAAUAAUUUUUCUUUGACAGCAAAAACGCACAGAAUAGGUUAAUGAAAAAAUAAUUCUUUCUUAUUCGUAAAAAAAUGAAGCGACUCUAUGCUGUAUUAAAUCGAUACUUAAACCAGGUUUUCUCAGCAUACGUAUAUGGCAACACAGAAGUGGCAACUCAAACUCAUGGAAAUUCAUAUAUAUAUUGAUUACGUUACGUGCAUUUUAAACAAAUCUUUUAAAUUUGCAGUACAUUUGUAAAAUUUAAAUUUUAAAAGAUAUAUACAAAUUUUGUGUAAUUAAUUGCUUUAAGAAAUGUCUAUUUUGAACGAACAUGAUUGUUUGGUCGAAACCUCGCAGGGUGUUUCACAACAAACUGCGAAAAUGCAACCGAGUCCUGCGGUGGAACACGGAGAUGCUUGCGGAGACAACGUCGAAAAACCUCCACCCUAUUUACCUCAGCCCGAGGAUGAUUAUCCACCGAAGCCUGAAUGUUCAAUGGAACCACUUGGACCAUGGGCCACGGGCAGCGUAACGUGUUCCACUAAAGGUGGAAUCACAGGUUUAAGACCAGUCACAGAUCGAUAUUCCAUCACUCGUUAUGGACCAAGUGAAUGGCGAGCCCAUAAUUGGAAUACCUUUCAGCAGUCGGAUGAGAAAAUUUAUGACGCUCAAGUCACGGCCAGCCACGCGAAGCAAUGCGUGGAUCAAACAUAUACGGCAGCUGAUAAAACACAAUUAGAGACGACGGAACAUUUAAAAACACGAGCUAACGUGGUGUAUCGUUGGAAGACGGAAUUGGAACACGCGAUCGCUGCCAAUGUGGAAGAGAUAGAACUGUUGGAGGCUGAGCGUCGUCGAGUACAGCGAUCCUUGUCAAUAUUGAUCAUUCCUACAUCUAUUGCAAACGAGUUUCUGCAAUUACGUUCCUUUCGCUUGGAAUCGGAUCUCGUCCGCGAUAACGUCGAGGAGCAACUGACAAAGGAAAUAGCGCUUUGUUCGGAAAUACGAAAUUUGUUCAAUAGAACUUACGAACAGAUUGAGACACAGAUGAUUGAAUUAAAGACCGUCAAAGCGCGAAUGGAGAACGAUUGGUCUGAUAAGGCUCAUACUUAUAAUAUAGAAUCUUUGUGUACGAAUUUAUCUAACGAUUCUCCUCUUCUGUUAUGGAAAGCUGGAGCUACGAGAUUUCCAGUCGAUCAAUCAACUCCUACAAGUUAUGAUGACUUCACGCGAGAAACAUUAGCCGUCAGCGAGAAUGCUAGACAAAAAUCAAUAAAUUUAAGGUCGACUUUGAACGAAAUAUAUAUUAAUUCUAUUAAAGACCUACGCGAUCAAGCAACUUGCGUUGAUAUUGCACUCGCGGAAAAUGUGAAACUUACGCAAGAUUGUCUUCAGCAAUUAGAAAAGGAAUUACUUCGUUGCUUACGUGAAUUAGCAAGCACGGAAAAGUUGAUUGAAGAACUUCGGGAUUCGACGAAGGGAUUAAAUAACGCCAUGAAAUUAGCACAAACGAGAUUGGAUAAUAGAUUGAAUCGACAGAAUAUCGAAAGUUGUCGAGAUGCAGCUCAGUUUGCUCUUAUCGAAGAAGUGAAAUCUCUUGGCGAACAAACUUCUGCUAUAUUGACAGAAUUAAAACGCACUGAGGAAUCUCAGGCGAAUUUAGUCAAGACAAGAGAGGGAAAGCGAGCAACGCAUUCUGUGAAACGUAACCCGGUACAAGAGGCAGUGGAUAUAGCACAGGAGAAGGAAAAGAAGGAUGUAAAUUUGGAGGUCCUCGAAGAUGUCGAGGAAACAGCUCAGCAACAAGUUUAUCAAAUUCGACCGCCUCUUCACGAAAAAUUUAAACCUUUAAGUGCAAAAGAGAUAAUACAUGAUGUAUUAUUUGAUCAACUUGCAACAAAAUCAUAUGAUGCUCAGGCAGCUGCUCAAUGGACCAAAGAUAUAGCAGAUGUUAUUGAAAGAAGAAUCAAAGACUUACAGUUCAAAAGAUAUAAAUAUAUUGUCAAUGUGGUUUUGGGACAGCAACAUGGUGCUGGUGUAAAAAUAGGCACAAGAUGCAUUUGGGAUGCAGAAGCUGAUACAUACGCUUAUGAUAGUUUUAUCAAUGAUACUAUAUUCUGCAUGGCUAUAGUUUAUGCAGUUUAUUUUUAUUAAAAAGACAUGUUCUGAAGAGAGAAUGCAUAAAAGUGAGCAUGAGUGGAUAAAUAUUAU